AUGCCGGUCCGCCUCCGGCCUAACCCGUCCAUCACACCCUCCCUCCCUCACAAGACACACCGGCCUCGACGCCACAAACCCCCAGCCGGUCGCGCGGUCGACCCGCCCCCCCGCCAACCCCACACGCCAACUCCCGCCCCGCCCGCCCACCUUCGGACCCCCCCGACCCGCCUUUCGCCGCCCUCCCACGCGCUCCGCCUGCCUCACAACCGCGAGGUCCUGGCCCCGCGGUUCCACCCUAUCGAUAGCCCCCCCACCCUCGCACCUACACCCACCCGCCCCUCGCCCGCUCUGCCCACCCUCCACCCCCCUACCACUCCCGCCUUCGCCCCUCCCCCCACCUCUGCCGAGCCGUCGUCCGCCUCGCACGUGACCGUGUCCUCGCCACUCUCCCCCGCUCCCGCUCCUGCACCUUACCCCCCGGCCCCCGAGCGUCGACUCAACCAUGCUCCCUGCAACCUCGCCCCCCACUACCGUCACCCCUCCCCCCCGCACCGCCUCUCCACGGGGUUGUCUUUCUCCGCUAUCCCUCGCCUCCUCCCUCCUUCUUCCCUCUCUACUCCGUUCCCUCGUCUCGGUGAUCAGCCGACGUCGCGCCCUACCCCCAUGUUUCUACUCAUGAAACCGCUAACCUCCCGCUCGACUCUACUCAAAAGGCAUCCUCCCCACCUUCACCCGCACACCCACUGCCCCCCCCUCCGGCCGCCCAACCGGUCCCACCACGCCCUCGCACCCGAUCCCUGCCGGGACCCGCAGUCCAAGGACACACCCUGCACCACCCUGGCACCCUGCACCCUACACCACCCAGCCCUGCCAGCACCUCACGGCCCUCCCGCCCGCGGACCCCCCAUAACCCACCCCCCCGAUAGUCAGCCCUCGCCCCCACCGUUUCCUCCCCACAGGUGUCGCCCACACCUGGUCCUGUUGGCCACCGGCCUACCUGUCCCACUGCACCGCACCCGCUCGGGCCCCCCUACCACUGUCCCGCUCCGCCCCCGAGAUGCAGGCACAACACCGCUGGCUCGCCCCCCCCCCUUCCUCCGGGACCACUCGGUGACCACGACCCGCCCCCCCGCGCCCCCGCUGCCCCUACCCCUACAUCCCUCGCCGGUAGGGGAGGCACCCUACCUCACCCCGCGCGCAAGAACCCUCCUCAACCCCUGCCGCAUCUCCCAGCGUCUGCACCCUCGCUCGUACAAGCCUCUGACAUCGGGACACCUCCCGCCCCCUCGCCUCCCACCUCCCGCUCGGCCUCCGCCCCCUUCUCCUGCGUCACAGUACUCCCGCUCCAGCUCGAACCCCGCCUCCACUUCACACCCUCUGCCUACAACCCUGCGCCCCAGCCCUCCAAACACCCCUCCUCGCGACUCAGCACCUCCGAACAGACGCCACACCCUGCAGGGCUUCCUCGCCCUCACGCCCCGCAACCCGGACCUCUGCACUUGCCCACGCCCCCAAAACCCUCCCACCACGCCCACUCAACACAACACCCCAACUAUCAACACCUCUCGCCCUCCAAACCCUCCCCAACAAAACACCCUCCCCCCCACUCACCCUCCCCACGCCCUGACCCUCGGCCUGCCCCCCCUCAACCUCGCCUCUCCCCGACCCGACACCCUCAAAACCUCUCCCACCGGCCUGGGCCCGCCUCGGCCCUCUCACCCACCUCCCGCUCACCUGCCUGCCCCAAAACCCCUCACCUCCCCCCGCGCCACACCCCUUCUCCUAAACGAGAUAAACGACCAAACUCGACCCUUACUGACCCGUCCCCCCACCCUCCCGCUGGCUCCUGUACCGCCCCCCAACCCACCUCUGUCCCCCCCUGGUCCGAUUCCCCACCGUCCUCAACUGGCGCCACCGGCUCAACCGGGGACCACCCCACCCUGCGUCCGCGCCAAAACCCCUCACCCGGACUCCCUCUCCUCCCCUCGGGCCCUCUCAUCCUCUCCGUCUCUGGCCCUCUGCGCGUCCGAUCCGUUCAGGCGACGCGCCCACCCUCAACGCCCCCCGAACGCUCAACCCUGCCCCCGCACGGCCCCGCCUCCGCAACCACCCCGUAAAUCAGACCUCAAGCUCCGAACAAACCUACACUCCGACCUGCCCUUUCAGCACGAAAACUCCUGUCUCAACCCCCGAGUUCAAGGCAGAACCAACCACACCGUCCCUCAGCCGCGAAACUCAACGAUCCCGUCCCCACCCUCCACCCUGCCUCCCACAAACGAUACCCGCUGGUCACGAACUCAACCCGCAACCAUCCAGAUACCCACCUCGACCACUCAUCGACGCCUCAACGGAACACAAAACCCCUCAAAACACCCCAGAAUAAAAGAAGAAGGGCAACCCAAAACGCGGCUCAACAAACACGCAAACGGAGCCACAACCCGCACGUACGACAGUGGUCGCCAGCUCGACAUCAACGCCCGCCCUUGGAGGGGAUCAAGGAUGGGCGGACAUCCCAAAGGUACAACAGAAGCAUACCCUGGUGAAAACCCGCGACGCAACGCUCGACCACCCGUGCUCCUCUCUAGGAAGCUCAGAACCUCAGAUAGCACGGGAGGCACUCGAAUAACGGCACACCACAUGCUCCAAAGCAGUACUGACCGUCAAAACAACAACACGUUGAUCAGACGCUCAUCGGAAACGAUCUAA